AUGUCAGCUGAGCGCAGUCCCGACGUAGACGAGAUCACUGUUGAUGCAUAUGACAGAGUCCAUCUAGUUCUCAAUAUCCUAGACGCCGUUCUCACUGUGACGGGAACGUUUGACGACAUUACCGUGUUCAACGCCGUGUUCACGCCUCUUAUCCUUUCCCACUUCUUCCUCAGCAUUCGGAAAGCCCACUACGCCAAGGAACAGCUGGUCUCUACCCCGAGUCAGAUGUCGGAUCUAACUUCAGACAUACGCAACCGCCCGAGGAUGGAGAAGGCGUGA